AUGCUAGUAGCUUUGUUAACCUUAGCAUUCCUUCCCAACAUUAUCCAAGUGGAUGCCAACUUUUCCAAGAGCAUGCACCUCACUUGGGGAGUCCAACAUGCAUCAAUUCUGGGUGAAGACCUUCAUCUUGUGUUGGAUAAAACCUCAGGGUCAGCUGCUCAAUCGAAGAGAUCAUUCUUAUUUGGAAGCAUUGAAAUGCAAAUCAAGCUUGUACCUGGUAAUUCUGCCGGAACAGUCACAGCAUACUAUUUAUCUUCUGCAGGAAGCCAGCAUGAUGAGAUCGACUUUGAGUUCUUGGGCAACAGUACAGGACAACCAUACACUGUCCAUACUAACUUGUACACACAAGGAAAAGGAAGCAGAGAGCAACAGUUUUACCUCUGGUUUGACCCAACUGCUAAUUUUCACAAUUACACCAUUCACUGGAAUCCCACAGAAAUUGUCUGGUAUGUUGAUGAUGUGCCAAUUCGUGUUUUCCGCAACCAUGAACAAGAGGGUAUCACUUACCCAAACAAACAAGGAAUGAGGGUUUACACCAGCCUAUGGAAUGCAGACAACUGGGCAACCAGAGGCGGCCUAGUAAAGACGGACUGGAAUCACGCACCAUUCACGGCCAGAUUCCACCAUUUCAGAGCAAGGGCUUGCAAGUGGGGUGGAGCAAAGAGCAUCCAUCAAUGUGCCUAUAAUACCCCUGCAAAUUGGUGGACUUCCGCUAGAUACAAGAAGCUGACCCACACCCAGUUGGAACAGCUGAAUUGGAUCAGAAACAAUUACAUGAUCUAUGACUACUGCACAGACACCAAAAGAUUCAACGGACAGAUGCCUCCAGAAUGCUUUAAACCACAAUUCUAAACAUCUGAUUCGUAUUCCCUGCAGUCACUUUCCACCAUUCACACAGUCAGCGAUUCAAAACUAUUACACAAAGAUCGGAACAUUUUUUUUUCUUUGAAAAUCAAACUUAAAACAUGUACUUGAAGCUGAUCGUCCCAUCUUCAUCGAAUAGUCACAAAAAAAAAAUUGACAGUGUGAAGGUGUGGAAAUGUAGCUGCAACAAAAGUCACGCAUCUUGGCAGCUGAAUUGUUUUCAUCUCCUUUCUUCUUUCGUGUAACAUUUGUUUGUUAUUUGUCCCGAUCUUGGUGAUACCAUUCUUGUUCACCAUGUACUAAAUAAUCUUUUAUCCAUGAAUAAACAAAUUAUGUGAUAUGGGAAUUUGCAAAGUGAACCCUAGGCGAUGUAAUGAAAUUGGAGGCUCUUAAGUCGUAACAAAAAACAUAAUAACAGAUUAAAAAGUUUAAAAAAUGAUUUUACAAAGAUGGUGGAAAAGCCACUACUAAGAGUUGAUGCAGAAGCAGAGACCGAGGACAAUAAGAGCGGUACCGAAGAAAGCGCGGAGGAGGUGCGUGCGUUCCCCGAGAAAUAUGCCGAAGAUGGCGGUGGCGGCGAAGGUGGUGGCGUUGGUGACAGGGACGGCGAGGGAGAGCGGGGCGUCGGAGAGGAUGGCGAAGAAAGUGGCGGAGGCUGAGAGGUUGAUGAGGAAGGGAAUUGAGUAUUGCCAGAUGGAGAGAAGCUUGAACCAGUUCCCGAGGGAGAUGCGCAUUUUCUGGCCCAUGGAUGACUGCGGAUGUGGCUUUGCAGAGGAUUUCAGAGCCUCGUCCCAGAGAAGCGCACCGCGGCGCAUGAUAGCGUUGGUGGCGCCCCACACCAUACCCACUGCGAUCAUCUUCUCCAUCUUCGCUCCCUCACACUCGCACUCUCUCUCCC